AUGACUAGCAACACCUACGGCAGCAGCUACGCCACCGACCCCUACGGCACCAGCACAUACGGCGAUACCAGCCUCGGCGGCGCAAACCGCACGACUUACGACCCAACCACCGGCGCUUACGACCAGCACAUAGACUACGACGCUGAUGCCAGCACCCGCCGCCAUCAUCGUGAGCAGUUGGAUGACUCCGGCCGAUACUACCACCGCGACGUGGACCGUGAUACGUCCGGAUUGGAUAAUACCACUCGUGUGCACAAGGAGUACUCCAAUCCUAAUACGGGCACGAGUUAUACCAGGGACUCGGCCUAUGAUAGGAAUAAUCUGAUUUGA